AUGCUUGUAAACUCAUGGACUGCAAUGGUCAUUGCCAAUCCCAACUCAGUGCUGAGAGGCUUUGUCCAGAAUAGAGACCCUACAAGCACCGCUGGUGUACUUUGCGAGAUCAAUACACCUGUUGACUGGGAGCCGAUCACCACUGUUGGUACUAAUGGUGGCCUUGUAACAUUCAAGCGAGUGGCCUCCACAUCAACAGUUACAACAGGCACUGUCACCUUCAACAAUGCUGGCAAGACAUUUGCCUGUCCCCUCCCUGCUGGCACCACCAACACCUUCACAUGUCUUGUACCGCCAGGCACAGGUUACUGGACAUACAGCAGCGCUACCAUCAACAUAUACUUCCAAUAUGAACCCCCAUUCCUGUCCUAUGUGUACCUGGUCAUGCCACCAACGCCCAAGCUUACGAUCGUUGGAGGUAACUUUGGCAACGACAUUAGCAAGGUCUCGGUCACUGUUGGCCUCGACUAUAGAGUGUGUACGGGUGUUGCCUUUCAAGACAGUGGAGUGUCGAUCACUUGUAUACCAGACAUUGUUGGAAAGAGUGAUAUGAUGCCUAUCGUUGUCACUGUUGACAGUGUAUUGUAUACCUCGUUCAGAGUGCCCAUCGUCUAUCAGGGCGAUCAGCUCGUCAACUACUUGUAUUCAAACACACAUGCCUACACCGACCCUACCAAUGCUCAGAGAUACGCACAGGGCAAGGUCGCUGGUACAUACGGAGGCUUCUUAGGUGCGAUACCCGAUGCCAAGACCUACACCAUGCUCACAACAACUCGUGUCUCUGCUCUAGAUACUCGAAUGGCAACUCUGGACCUACUUCUUGGCGUCAGUCGUUCAGGCGGUAUAUUCUCAUACAACAAUGGACCGUUCAGUGGUCAGUCCGUAACUCAAUAUGGUGCGGCGUCCAUGACUGCGGACGCCUCGCAAGUAGAGUACUACUUUGGCAGUGGUGCUGCAGACCCCAACAUACUAAAGGCAUUAGCUGCCACCCAGUACCUGGCCUUCCUCGUGCAGUUUGCCAACACUUCUCCACUAAUCAAACAAACAAUCACUGGCCUCACGACCUCUGGAGGGUCGUUCAACGUCACCGUGAGCAACUACGGCCUCCUCUACAGCAAGCUGGUCAUCACCAAUGCGGUGUCUAUCAUGACACCCGAUCCAACCAAGCCCGAGAUCAAGACCAUCACCUAUGGGGCAGGCUACUCGCAGUUUGACAUCACACUGGCUGUCGACGGCUACAACCCCGCUACCUUGGCCACCGCCUCUUACGCUGUGCCAACCAUCGCAACAUGUACAGACACUCCAACAUCUGGUGGCAGCAUCACAAUGACCGGAACAAACUAUUACAACACACCAAACUUGGUUGUUCUCUUUGAUGGAGUGAGCAUCCCCGUGACAAGUAUCAACUACAACAAUAUCGUGGCAACAGUACCCCCUGGCUAUGGAUCACACAGCCUUGUUGUAUCGAUCACUGGCGGUAGUGGCGCAUCAGCACCCUUCACCUAUGUUUACCAGGGACCUACACUGGCAAUGAGUACCUCAACUCCAACUAGUGGAGGCAACACAAUUCUCACUGGUACCAAUUUCUUCAACAAUACAACAGACUUGAGUGUUUGGCUUGAUGGCACGACCAAGUUGGCGAUCACCAGCAUUAGCUACACAUCGAUCACGGCCACUGUUCCAGCUGGCUAUGGCACCCACACUCUAAGUGUCAAGCUGCUCACACGUUUAACACAAACAAUCAAUCUCACCUACAUGCCCCCAACACUCUCAAUGAGCACUGGUGCACCAACAAGUGGCGGCGCAACGACAAUCACUGGCACCAACUUCUACGACACUACCAAUCUAACAGUAACCAUUGAUGGUGCUCCAAUCCCAGUGACCAGUAUUACAUUCACAAAUGUAGUUGCCAUCAUUCCAACUGGUCGUGGCACAUCACAUCAGUUGGUGGUCUCACUUGGAGGUGUGUCGACAUCAUCUCUCAACUAUACAUAUCAGGAACCAAGUAUUACGACAACUUACUUGGACCAAUUUGGAGUGUUCACAAUCGAAGGUACAUCAUUUGGCAAUGAUCCAAGUGCACUAUCACUCAAAGGUAUCACCUACACCAAGCUCUUCAUCAUUGAGCCACACAAGAAGCUAGGUCUGCUUGUGUCCACACCUGGACAGUACACCUUCACAGUGAUCUUUGAUGGCCAGUCAUCAUCUCCAUUCAAUGCCACAGUUGAAGCAUUUGUACCCAUGAUUGAGUCAUACUCAGAUAUCACGUUCAAUCAACCAUCCAGCUUGGUACUCAAAGGAAGGUUCUUCAUUGAUGUGACACAGAAUGGAACAAAGGGCAAUGUUAGUGAUAUUGGUGUGAGUGUUGGAGGAUCGCCCUGUGAUGUGACCUCGUUCCAGUCCAAUCAAAUCACUUGCUCAUUCCGAGCCAAUGUGAAGCCAGCAGACUCUUAUGCACUGCCCAUCAAACUUUUGUUCCAUAGCACCAAUCAAUCAUUCACUCAACAUAUAUUCUUCUACUAUCAAUCACAGUCAUGCCCUUCAUUCAAUGGUGAGGUUUGCAAUGGACAAGGAUCAUGUGAUCCCCAAACUGGCCAAUGUACUUGUAUUAUCCCUUAUGGCUCAUCGGACUGCUCUAUCAGGAUGUCCACACUUCCGCCUCCCAAGCCAAUUCUUCAAGACAAUGCCUUUGCCACCAUCACAACAUCAUCAGUUGAGAUUGAUGUUGGCGUUGAGUUUAUACGCGAGGUACCCAUCGACGCGUCCUCAACACCACUCAACAACAUAUUGGUCUUGCGUGAUGCCACUUGGAAGGUCAACACGUCGACCGAUGGAAGUACCAAUCACUUUGUUGGCACAUUCCCAGGCAGCCCAUGUGUGGUGGACAUUACCACGACAGUUUACAGCUCGGCACAGGUCAUUGAGUUUGCCGCAGAGAAGAUACCAAUCCCCGCGCACUCUGUCAAGUACUUGAUCACCAUCACAGGCUUCCCCUUUGUGUCCAUGGUCAACUCACUUCAAGUAGUAUACCGAGCCAAUGCCUCGUCAGCCACACAGCAAGCCUCCCCAUGUACCAAGUUGGUCCAAACAAGCGACAGGGACAACUGGUAUGAGAUCGAUAUGACCGACUCUGUGAUGAUGGCACGCUUUGCAAAGAGAGCAAUCAUUGAUGGACGCUACUCCAGUGCUGACCUCAAGACUCUGGACAAGACCGACAGCCUGUACACUCGUAGUCAAUCCGCUGACAACAGUCACAUGCAAGUGUUGACAGCAAUAGAGGUACCAUCAUUUAACAAUCAAUCCAUACUUGAUCCCAACUUUGGUCUAUUGUUACGUGAGGAUCAAGAUAACAGUAAAGAGAUUGAUGGGUCGACGACUUGGAGACAUAGUCAUGAACACCCUUGGAAGCAAGAAGUCCACGACCACACCAUGAUCGAGGCAACUACCCUCGAGACCCCCGACCCUCAAAGCUCAACCCUCACACCAUGA